AUGAACAAUGGUAGUUCCACCACGGACUUCAUUCUACUAGGGUUUUCUGAAUGGCCCCAACUGGAACGCAUUAUCUCAGUGAUUGUCCUCAUCUUCUAUGUUGUGAUCAUGGUGGGAAACUCAACCAUCAUUCUGGUGUCUUGCCUAGACACCCAACUCCACACCCCCAUGUAUUUCUUUCUAUCCAAUCUGUCCUUUCUAGAUCUCUGUUACACCAAUAGCGUAAUCCCCCAGAUGCUGGUCAAUCUGUGGGGUCCAGAAAAAUCUAUUACUCACCUCAGGUGUAUGCUGCAAGCUACCAUUGCACUGGACCUGGGAGCCACUGAAUGUCUUCUGUUGGCAGUAAUGGCCUAUGACCGCUAUGCUGCUGUCUGCCAACCUCUUCACUACACAGUCAUUAUGCAUCCUCAGCUCUGCCAGAAGAUGGUGAUAACUUCCUGGAUAGGAGCUAUUGGCUGUUCUUUAUCUAUUUCCCUCCUGACAUUUUCAUUGCCAAGAUGUGGGCACCGAGAAGUGGAUAAUUUUUUCUGUGAGAUACUAGAUCUCAUCAAGAUUGCCUGUGCCUAUUCCAAAAUACUUGAGGUUGUUGUUCUUGCUCUUUCUGUGUUAUUUCUUCUGGUCCCCCUAUCAGCAAUUCUUGUCUCCUAUGGAGUGAUCACUCGUGCAGUCAUGAGGAUCAAGUCAGCAACAAGAUGGCGGAAGCUCCUCAAUACUUGUGGUUCCCACCUCACGGUGGUGACACUAUUCUAUGGAGCACUUAUGUCUAUGUAUAUGAAGCCCCAGAACAACUCAUCCCAAAAUGAGGGCAAAUUCAUUGCUCUGGUCUACAUGAUACUUAUACCCAGCCUUAACCCACUCAUCUACUCUCUAAGAAACAAAGAUGUAAAGAACGCAGUGAAGAAAAUUCUGUGUGCAAAAAAAUGGUCAAGGAAGCUAUAA